AUGAUCUGGGUUCAUCUUCCAGGACUAAGUCUGGAAUAUUGGGAUGAGAAAACUCUUUUUACAAUAUGUAGAGCUCUAGGAACUCCAGUAAAGGUUGAUGAGACAACUCUGAAUUAUGAUAAUGGUUAUUAUGCCAGGGUUUUGGUAAAUAUUGAUUUUGCAAACAAAAUUCCAAACAAACUAUGGAUUAAGACAAAGUUUGGAGGAUUUAUGCAAAGUGUGAUCUUAAUAAAACUUCCAAAGUUUUGUGACCACUGUAAGAUUUUUGGGCAUCUGAAGAUCGAGUGCAGAGUCAAGAAUUCUUCUUCAAAGGAUUCAGUUCCUAAACAAUCAGUUAAGAAUUCACCAAAAAGCACCAAUACCUCACCCAGUGUGAAGUUUGAUAUUUGUGAUCCAUCAAUUGGCUCUAGCAGUCAAGCAAAAGGUCUUACUUCAACUACAUCUUCAAGGGAAGUUGGAAAUUGUGAAACUCCUAUUAUGCAGUUUAAUCCAUCUGUUGGAGUGGCUCAUCAAGUGAAUCCAGUUAAUAUAAGUACAUUAAUGUUUGGUUCCUUGCAAAAUACAAAUGAAAUUGAAAAUAUUAUUGAAAUGCAUGAAGAAAGUGUUACUCUAUCUCCAGCUAGAAUACUUCAAAUUGUGGAGGAAAAUGCCCUGGAAAAUAGUGCUAUCAAAUACAUAAAUGGAAAAGAUGGCACCAUGACAGAAGAACAAAUACCCAACUACUUCAUGGUCUAA